AUGGUCGCAGCAUCCGUACUACCACUUCUGGCAGCCAAGCAGAGAGUCACCCAUAAGCACGACUGGAUGAGCAGCGAUGCCUUGAUCGCCUGCCCUGAUCCAUGCUGUCCCUCUCAACUGAAGAUUAUCCGAGAGGGGAUCCGAACAUUCCGUCAUUCCGAGACAACGGCUGUACCCUUGACGGGCAAUUCAUGA